GUUAUUAUUACUGUUUCUUAAUCUUUAUUUCUUAUUUAUUCUUUUAAUUCCUUAAAGUUCAUAGAUCAAGAUGUGCUUAAAUAAAAACAGCUUGCUCUCUUUUAUGUUAGUGACAUUUUAAUUUAAAUAAUUUAGUUCUGAUGAUAGCCUAGAUGCUGAAACAAUUCAGUUUUUUUUCUCUCUGUUCCUUUUUCUACUGGUUAAUCUGAAGAGCCCAUCAAGGGACUUAUUUCAUUAAUUCUUAUUUUAUUUACAAAACAAUUUAUGAAAGUCACAAAAAAGAUUUAUGAAAAAGAUAGGUUUUAAUUCCAGUUAUAAAAUCAUUUUUUUCUAUCCAUCCACUGAUUUAUCUAAAUAUUUAUACUGAGGAAUAUGUUGAGGAUCUAUAAUAGUCAUAUCUAUGUAUGGGAGUUAAAUUGUUGAGCUAGAUGCUCCCGCCUGUACACUCUUCCAUAACCUUUAGAGCUUACAACCUCCAGUAACCUGUGGUGGAGUUAAUCUUCUGGUUAUCUGAUUUAAUAGCAUGGAUAUUGAAAGCAAUCCUUUAAAGGAAGUUGAUCCUAUAAAUCAAACCGUUAAUGAUCAAUCUUCAAAUAAUGUCGUAAAGGAAGGGAAAGCUGAAAUAUUCACCUCUAGUGCUAACAAAGUGUUCUAUAACCCAGUUCAAGAAUUUAAUAGAGACCUUAGUAUUGCAGUUCUCUCUGUUUUUGCUGAGGAACAUAUUAAUGAAAAAAAGUCAAAGAAAAGAAAUGUUGAGGGUGAUUUGAAGGAUGUUAAUUACCAAGUUCCACCAGCUGGUGUUCCUUGUGAGCAUGGAAUAAGAAUACUAGAAGCACUAUCAGCAACUGGCCUUAGGUCUAUCAGGUUUGCUCUUGAAAUUGAAGGACUAAAAGAGGUUGUUGCUAAUGACAUUUCUGCUCAAGCUGUUGAAGCAAUCAAACGUAAUGUUGCUCACAAUAAAGCCAGUGACCUAGUGAAAACUAAUCAUGGAGAUGCAUCACAUCUUAUGUACUCGUCAAAGUUAAGUUUUGAAUGUAUAGAUUUAGAUCCUUAUGGUUCACCAUCACGCUUUCUAGACUCAGCUGUACAAGCUGUUAAAGAUGGUGGUCUUUUACUUAUCACUUGUACUGAUAUGGCAGUGCUUGCUGGUAAUGCACCUGAAACAUGUUAUAUCAAGUAUGGAUCAAUCUCAUUAAGAACACCGGCUUGUCAUGAAAUGGCUCUGAGAAUAGCUCUUCAAUGUGUUGCAUCCCAUGCUGGUCGUUAUGGGCGUUACAUAGUUCCAAUACUUUCUGUUAGUGUUGACUUUUACAUCAGAAUAAUUAUUAAAAUUUUCACUUCUCCAGCUAUGUGCAAACAAACGACUAGCAAAUUAAGUAAUGUUUAUCUGUGUGUUGGUUGCAAGAGUUUUUUAUUUCAUCCGUUGGGUUCGAUGACUAAAAGGGAAGGAAAGCCACCUAAAUAUUCUCUACCCCAUGCACCUGCAAUUACAGUUUGCGAACAUUGUGGCCGAAAUUUCCAGAUUGGUGGACCUGUUUGGAGUGCAGGUUUGCAUGACAAAGAUUUUAUUAAGAAGAUCCUCGCCCAUGUAAAUAAAAAUUCAGAAAAAUACAAUACCUACAGGAGGAUAGAAGGUGUUUUAUCGCUUUUGCUGGAUGAACUGGAAGCGCCGCUGUACUGUACUCUUGACUCAUUGUGUUCUAAAGUUCAUUGUAUCACGAUCCCACUAAGAAUAUUUCGAAGUGCUCUAUUGAAUGGAGGUUAUGAUGUCUCUGAAUCUCAUGCUGCACCAAAUUCAGUAAAAACAAAUGCACCAUUCAGCUUUAUUUGGGAUAUUAUCAGGGAAUGGGUGAAGACACAUCCAGUCGGGAAAAAAAGGUUGGAGAAAGAUUUUGUGGCUCGAUCACUUCUUGACAAAACUCCUGACAAUGUUGAUUUCUCGAUUCACCCUGACUCUGCGACCCAGGCUGGUGAAAUUCUCAGAUUCCAGUGCAACCCACUGCCUCACUGGGGACCUGGUUACAGGGCCACUUCUAACCUUUUGGAAGUGAAAGAAGAAAAAAGAAAGCAACAGGAAAAGAAGAAAAUCAAUCCAGAUGAAUCUGUAAAAAAUGACGCUUAAAUUGGAGAGGGAAAAAUUCAGAAGAUCGUCUAUAAUUUAUUUUAAUGACAUGCAAUAUAAACAUUGUUGUAAAUAUUUAUUAUGAAUAUUAUUAUAAGUGACCAUUGUAAAUUUCUGGUGGAAUAAAUUUUUUAAUCAGUUGA